UCUAAUAUUAAAUUAUCCAGACAAGCGAGUAAAUAUUAUAUAAAUCCAGUCCUCCACUCCUCCCAUUCCCAAACAGUUAACUGUGCGCAGCAAUGGCAUCCGAUUCCCAUUCCAGCUAUUUGUACUCACCGUGGUCUCAAUCCGAUCAAACUUUGCUGACCUUCAUCUCCGCCACUUUCCUCGUCUUUCUGUACCUCUGGCUGGUCAAAAAAUCCAACAACCCGAUCCCGCCUCUGCCACCGGGUCCGCAGGCCCUGCCCUUGGUUGGGAACCUCCUCUCCCUCGACCCAGAACUCCACUCCUACUUCGCGGGCCUGGCCCAAUCGCACGGCCCAAUCUUCAAACUCCGCCUCGGCAACACCGUCGGCGUCGUGGUUACCUCCCCUUCCUCCGCUCGCGAGAUUCUCAAGGACCAUGACGCCACCUGCGCCAACCGCGACGUCCCCGCCGCGGCUCGGGCCGCGACGUACGGGGGAAUCGACAUCGUGUGGACUCCGUACGGACCGGAGUGGCGGAUGUUGAGGAAAGUCUGCGUGCUGAAAAUGCUCAGCAACACCACUGUCGACUCGGUGUAUGCGCUCCGGCGGAAAGAGCUCCGACAGACCGUCGGGAAUUUCUACGAUAGGAUCGGGUCGCGGGUCAACGUGGGGGAGCAGAUGUUCCUGAACGUGCUGAAUGUUAUUACGAACAUGCUGUGGGGCGGAACCGUGGAGGGAGACGAGAGGGCGGGGCUCGGGGCGGAGUUUCGAGAAGUGGUGUCGGAGAUGACGGAGCUUUUGGGGAAGCCGAAUGUUUCGGACUUUUAUCCGGGUUUGGCCCGGUUUGAUUUGCAGGGGGUGGUGAAACAGAUGAGCAGGUUGGUCCGGAGGUUUGAUGGGAUAUUUGAGAAGAUAAUAGAUCAACGGCUGAGGCUUGACAAGGAAGGAGAGAAGGAGGAGAACAAUAAGGAUUUUUUGACGUUUUUGUUGAAGUUGAAGGAGGAGGGAGGAGAUUCCAAGGCGCCUUUCACCAUGUCUCAUCUCAAAGCUUUGCUUAUGGAUAUGGUGGUGGGUGGGACUGACACUUCCUCCAACACAACUGAGUUUGCACUAGCUGAAAUCAUGAACAAGCCAGAGAUGAUGGAAAAAGCCCAGAAAGAGUUAGAAGAUGUAGUUGGCAGACACAACAUUGUAGAAGAGUCCCACAUCGACAAAUUGCCAUACUUACAAGCUGUGAUGAAAGAAACUUUGCGCUUGCAUCCAGCCCUGCCUCUGUUAGUCCCUCAUUGCCCAAGUGAAAAUUGCAUUGUGGGAGGCUACACCAUUCCCAAAGGAUCUCGGAUUUUUGUCAACGUUUGGGCUAUACACAGAGACCCUUCAAUUUGGGAAAACCCGUUGGAGUUCAAGCCGGAGAGGUUCUUGGAUAGCAGAUGGGACUACAGUGGGAAAAACUUCAACUAUUUUCCAUUUGGGUCAGGUAGAAGAAUAUGUGCUGGGAUUGCAAUGGCUGAGAGGAUGGUGAUGCAUUCACUUGCUACACUUUUGCAUUCUUUUGACUGGAAAUUGCCAGAGGGAGAGAAGUUGGAUCUUUCUGAGAAGUUUGGGAUUGUGUUGAAGAAGAAGAUUCCUUUGGUUGCCAUCCCAACUCCAAGGUUAUCAGAUCUAGCACUCUAUGAGUAAAACAAUGCUGCUACCAAAUUCCUUGGAAUACUUCACUUGUAAUAAAUGAUACCCACUUAGCGAUUUCUUGAAAACCGCAUGUUUACAAUAAUGUUCUCUUGUCAAAAUAAAAUACGUUGUGUAAUCAAUUUGACUUUGAAUUUAUACCAAACUUAUGUUCCUCUUUUGAUGGUGUAAGAGCAUUUGUUAUUGAAA